GGGGACGGGGACGUGAUGCUCCUGCCGGAUCUGCAGGACCUGCAGGGCAGGGUCUGGCCCCGCCAGCACACUCACCUGCUUCUGGGAGAGACCCGGCCGGAUUCUGAUCCGGUUUAUCUUGGUCCUGGCCUGGCAGAGCGCCCUGAGCCGGCAGGGAGUUCCCUCCAUUCUACACCGAGCACGAGCUCAGACAUCGGCCCUGCUGCUCUGUCUGGGGUGAUAGGCUUUAUUUCCUUGGGAGAGGGCGUAGAGUCUGUUCCCCCUGCAGGCCGUGCUAUAAUAACCGAGGCAGAGGUUUAAAAAAAAAAAAAAAAUUAAAUAUUAUCUUCAUGGAGCCUCUGGGGAUGGCUGUUGCUUAAUCACAGCAAUUCGGGAUUGUGUUGGGACCAAGCUGGGCUCCAAGGCAGCCUGAGUCAGAUGCGAGCUCCGAACAGCCGGGUUUCUCCCCGUGUAUUUACACUGCCUUUGUGCUGGGGCGGGGAAGCUCAGGAUGAGACUGGCUGAUUUAAUUAGCACACGACUACAUUGGAGCUGGCGGUGGCUCCUCACCUGGCUGUUGGACCGUGGGGUGGCCGUCAGCUUGUUUGGUUUAGGGGUGCAGGUCACCAGGUCCCGUGGGCAGCCCUCGUUCUGGAGACAUGGCCCCAGGGAUGGGCACCGCGCUGGGGAUACCAGCUGCCUGUCCCCAUGCUUCUUCUGGGCUCCCUUCAGCCCUUUGAGUGAUCAAAUGUGGUUUCUUGUUCUCAUCGGCUCACAGACAAUGGGGCUGGAGGGGGCUCAGGGAAAGGCAGGCAGCCCCUCACCCUGGCAUCAGGCAGGACUGAAUAGACCCCAGGUCCUUUGGUCUGAGCUAAUUUUAGAUUUUUGGUCCUGUCUUUUGAGAGCUGGCGUGGCCGGCAGAUGCUUUAUGGCUUCAUUGUCUGGCUGGGAUGCUUGGGAGGAGGCCUUCGAGAAAACCGCCGGGCUUCGCUGCCUGUCCCCAGCUGCCCCUGGGCGAGUGCCAGCGAUGAAGCAGCGAGUGCUCAAACUCAAGGCCAUCGUGGCACAGGGGUGCCGGGGUGACACUGGAGUCCCCACGGGACCAGCCACCAAAGCUGGACGCUGCAUGAAGGGAUUUUUUGUUCCCUGGUGCCCUCCAAAGGUGUUUGGCACCUUGGGCUGAGCUCAGCUUCAGCUCAAGCAUUGCAGUUGGUGUGUGAAUGCAGUCACCCCGCUCCAUGUCUCUCCAUGGACAGAUCCCAGCUCUGCGCUGCUUUUCCAGGCUCUGAGAGGUGGAUAAUGCUGUCUGCCUGCCACAGCCUGGCACGAUUUAGGAGGGUUAAAUCCACAGCUGACAGAGCAGAGUUAUAAUCGAUCUACAAGCAGAGUUGUUUACACUGCAAGUGUCCCUUUGGGGUGGGAACUGGCCUUUUGGGGUGUCAACUGCAGUGCCUUGGAGAUGCUCUUGGGGAACACACUGAAAUCCAAGUAAUGGCCCAAGCUGCGAGUGCAGACCCCUGCGCCUUCUCAGCUCGUGAUGCUUGUGACCACCUGAGAAGCAGCCCAGAACACCAGCGUUUGGAUCCGCCUCUGCCCUGGGGUGACCAUAGGUUUGUCACUUCAUGCCGUCAUCCCACGCAGAGGUGCCACUGGUGGUGUGCUGGAUGUCACGGUGCCAUCCCACCGCUGCCUGGAUCUGGCACCAGAAAUCACGAGGGCCAAGCUGCCGCUCAUCUUCCCGGGGAUCCCUGGGCACUUCCAGCGAGCUCGGGCUGAGGGGAACAGGGGCCGCGAGGACACGGGGUGAGGGCUGAGCCCCUCUGAGCCCUGGGGUGGGCCAGAGGAGCCGGUGGGUGCCUGGGAGAGCAGCCGGCUGUAGGACUGGAGUUAGGAUCCCUUGGUGCCGGCACAUUUUGCAAUGCAAAUAGCUUUCUCUUUGCAUCCAGCCCCGUUCUCAUGCAAAUCCUUCUCUUUUUUUGUACAUUUUUUUUGCUUCCUCUGUUUCGAGAUCUUGGUGCAGUGAUUUUUACCUGUGCAGCUAGCACAUCCCUGCCGCCUGAUGUGGCUGCAACCUCCGUCACUCCCAGACGCAGCGGGAUUGAAAUGCUGGGUGACAGGUCGGGCUUUGUCCCCUAGUCACACACUGGGACUUCCCUGCCGGAGGAAACUUGCUUGACUGCAGACCCCUGGCACAGCUGCCUGUCCUGUGAGUGGCCCCCGAUGCGCAGCCCCCUCCAGCACCCACCAGCUGGAUGCCAUCCCCGUCGGCGGCUCGGGAUGCCCCAAGUGCCUCGGUGACUGUUGGGACGGGGGACAGCACCUGCCUGCAGCUGCCUCACCCUGACCUGUGCUGCCCCACUGGCGGGUGAGCCAUUUUCUCCUGAGACGAGCCCAACAAGGUGAUCAAAAUAGAGUCCCUCAAGGUGACGGUUGACUUCUUGAAGGUGCCCCUGGGCCUGAAGAAGCCCCCUCUGAAGGAGGCCCUGGCUGCCGUCCCGGGGCCGGGGAGAGCCAAGCCCUUCGGCGUGGAGCGGCACAAGUCCCGGCACUGCGACACCAUGGACAAUGAGUCCCAGUACUCGGGGUAUUCCUACAAAUCCGGGCACUCCCGCAGCUCCCGCAAGCACAGGGACCGGCGGGACCGGCAUCGAUCCAAAAGCCGAGACGGGAGCCGUGGGGACAAGUCAGUGACCAUCCAAGCACCAGGCGAGCCCUUGUUGGACAACGAGUCCACCCGGGGGGACGAGAGGGAUGACAACUGGGGCGAGACCACAACGGUGGUGACGGGGACAUCGGAGCACAGCAUUUCACACGAUGACAUCACCCGCAUCACCAAGGACAUGGAGGACAGCGCCCACCUGGACUGCUCGCGGCACCUGGGUGUCGCACUGGCGGCGGCACUGGCGCUGCUGGCCUUUGUCACCCCCCUCACCUUCAUGGUCCUGCCCCAGCUGCUGUGGAGGGAGGAGCUAGAGCCCUGCGGGACCCCCUGCGAGGGGCUCUUCAUCUCCGUGGCCUUCAAACUCCUCAUCCUUCUGCUGGGGAGCUGGGCUCUUUUCUUCCGUCGCCCCAAAGCCUUCUUCCCCCGCAUCUUCGUCUUCCGAGCAUUGCUCAUGGUGCUUGUCUUCCUCCUCGUCGUUUCCUACUGGCUUUUCUACGGGGUGCGGAUCCUGGACUCGCGGGAGCGGAACUACCAGGGGGUGGUGCAGUACACAGUCUCGCUGGUGGACGCUCUGCUCUUCGUGCACUACCUGGCCGUGGUGCUGCUGGAGCUGCGGCAGCUCCAGCCCCAGUUCACCCUCAAGGCCGUCCGUUCCACAGACGGGGCCAGCCGCUUCUACAACGUUGGCCACCUCAGCAUCCAGCGAGCGGCCGUGUGGAUCCUGGAGAACUAUUACCACGAUUUCCCGGUCUACAACCCUGCCCUCCUCAACCUGCCAAAAUCCAUCCUGUCCAAGAAAAUGUCCGGGUUUAAAGUCUAUUCCCUUGGCGAGGAAAACACGACGAACAACUCUACGGGCCAGUCCCGGGCCGUCAUUGCAGCGGCUGCCCGGAGGCGUGACAACAGCCACAACGAGUAUUACUACGAGGAGGCUGAGCAUGAGCGCAGGGUGCGGAAACGCCGUGCCAGGCUGGUGGUGGCAGUGGAAGAAGCCUUCACCCACAUCAAGCGGCUGCAGGAGGAGGACCAGAAGAACCCCCGGGAGAUCAUGGACCCUCGUGAAGCCGCUCAGGCCAUUUUUGCCUCCAUGGCCCGGGCCAUGCAGAAGUACCUGCGCACCACCAAGCAGCAGCCCUACCACACCAUGGAGAGCAUCCUGCAGCACCUCGAGUUCUGCAUCACCCACGACAUGACGCCCAAGGCGUUCCUUGAGCGGUACCUGACGGCAGGACCCACCAUCCAGUACCACAAGGACCGCUGGCUGGCCAAGCAGUGGACACUGGUCAGCGAGGAGCCGGUGACAAACGGCCUGAAAGAUGGGGUGGUCUUUGUGCUGAAGCGUCAGGACUUCAGCCUUGUGGUGAGCACCAAGAAGGUCCCGUUCUUCAAGCUCUCGGAAGAGUUUGUGGACCCCAAGUCACACAAGUUCGUCAUGAGGCUGCAGUCAGAGACUUCUGUGUGAGCUGAAGAGGAAUGGAGAGGGGUUUGGGGCAGGAGGGAAAACCCUCUCCAGACCCCCCGUCUCAUCCUCCCCGUCUCCACUGGAGCUCCGGGAGGCUGCGGCUCGAGGGCAGAACUGUGGUGGGCACUGGGACGCAGCGCCCAUGCCUGGCUCCAUCACUCACCCACGACCACUCGCCCUCCGCCUGGGCUCAGCCUCCACCAGGGUGGGCUGAGCCCCUUCAUCCUCCUCCUCCUCCUUGAAACCCAGAUCCUUGUAGCAACCCCCCAGAAGGUGCAGCCAGUGGAGGACAGCUGCGCAGCCAGGAAGGAGAUGGUGUUUUGGUGCCAUAACUCAAGGGCUAAACUCUUAUGUUCUUUUCACCAGCGUCUUCAAGCACCAUCAGGUCCCAAGGACCUUCCAUGCUCACCCAUUUUCUACCUGGUGCCUGUCCCGGCUCUGGCCUUAAACUGUUGCCCAGCAUUUGGGGCUGUUUUUUAAUCCUAGAGGGGAGGAUUUUGCAAACACCUCCACGAUCCAUGGCUGCUAUGAAGACCUCCCCAGGCACCCAAGAAACCAGAGUGGCGACACAGAAAUGUCUUCCUUGCCUCUCCCCUGAUGGUUUCUGCACUCAGCUCUUAACAAAAGCAAGCAAAAAUCUGUUUUUUAAGCAAAAGAGAAGAAGGUUUUUUUUAAGCCGUUUCCCUGCUCCCGAGGUGACCUGUGUCCCUGGUCUCAGCAACGUCCCCAUGGGGUGGUUGGAGCUGUGGACGCGGGUUGCAGGAAGAGCAGCUUAAUAUGUCUCUGGGGCUCCAACCCUGGACUUGGAGCUGGCGGGGUGGGUGGACAGAAGGGUUUCCUCAUGAGAAUGAUGAGGGCUGGUGGCUCACGGAGGUCCUGGAGGUCCUUAAUUAACAUCCCAGGGUGGCAAGUGGCCCGUGGUGAUGCCACAAGCAGGGGCUGACUCGCUGUCAGGGACACAAAAGCUUUUGCCUUCCCUUGGGUUUGUUAAGAGUCACAAAUACCUCAUGGAUUUAUUUUAAUUUUCUUUUCGUUAUUAUCCCUCUGGAUCCUGUUAUCCAGCCGCGCUGGGGGCUCGUGAGGUCCCAGGGAGGGUUGUGACUGGGCAGGGUGGGGCUCUUUGGUCAUGGGAGCUGCCAAAUUUCAUCGUGGGGAGGCGUGUGGUUUUACUGGAUUUGGGUGGGUUUUUUUGUCCUAAGCACUAGAAGGGCUGAGUUCGAGGGGAGCAAUGAUGCUGUGUGUCCUCAGGCCACAGGUGCCACCCCAGAGGAGCUGGUGGCUUCCCCAGUAAGUACCAGUAGCACGAUUAAGAAGCUGGUGGGGUCCUGUGGGGUCUGUCCCCAUGUGGGCAAUGUGAUGUUCUGGGCUGACUUUCCUCAUUUCCAGGAAGUCACUGUUUUUCAGGAGUUUCUAACCCCUCUUGCUGCCUCCCUCAUCUUCCAGCCUCUCGAGGCUGAAGAAUCCAGGUGUCCCCCCCGGCUUCCCCCGCUCCAGCAGUGCUGCUGCCUCUGGGAGCCCAUUCUUGGUGUGUUUUACUGCAAAAAACACUUCCAUGAGUGUGAGCGGAUGGGUCGACCAGGGAGGGGGGAUUUUCCACUUGGAUUUUAAGAAGAAUAAACCCUUUUUCAUUCAUUUUUGGGUUUGUUUUUGUUUUGAUUGUUGUUUUUUUUUUUUUUUUUCUGCAGAGCCGAGACCUUGUGCAUGUGUGCAGAAAACUGUAAAAUGUAUAUAUAUAUUUUUUUUUUAAUAUAUAAAAAGCUUGUUUUUACAGUUUGCAGUGGAUUGAAGCAUUACAGCAGUGGUAGGAAGUUUGGUUGGUUGGUUUUGGUUUAUUUUUUCAUAGAGGAGCUAAAAUUGUACAAUUUUUUUUUUAAAUAAAAUGAACCCAUUUGA